AUGCUCGCCCGGUCAUUGUCGACGGCUGCUCGGCUGGAGAAGGGUCACAAUUCUCGGCCGCACGACAUCAUAGAACAGCUGCUGAAGCUGCAACCGAAAGCCGGGCAGGAAAGCGUACAGCAGGUUUUGGCCCAACACCAUUUGGAUCGUAAGUCUCUGCGCUGGGCGAUGCAUUAUCUCAAUGCCCGGCGAAGAUUCGACCUGGUGGGUACGUUGCUAGCCGAGAGGCUCAAUGCCGAUGACACAAAGGAGAUGAAGGAGAAAGAACUGGAGAUGCAGCAGGCUGUUCUGACUAUGCUUCAGCGUGCCAAAGAUGACCCCAGGAUUCCCCAGGCAGCGGAGCAGGUUAAGCAGACGAAGGCGAGGGCGCUCCGGGAUGCCCUAGACGAGGUCUGCCGAGAGAUGGAGGAGUACGCUGAAGAGAUGAAGCAGAAAGCAGAGGCUGAACGAGCCGAGAAGCCCAAGGCCAAAGAUGCCAAAGCCUCCAGCAAAGAUGCCAAGAGCGCUAAGACGAAGAAGCCUGCGAAAGAAGCGAAGAAGGAGCCCGUGGAUGGAGAGAUGAAAGACGAAGAUGGAGAACUCGGAGAAGAGGAGGCCGAGAAGGGUCAGAAGAAUGAGGAAGAUGGAGAUCAGGAGGACGACUGGAACCCUCUCAAGGCCCUGACCCGUCGGAAACCUGCAAGGCGCCCCGUGGAAUUCAAAGAGGCCUCGUGGGCAAAAGUCGAGCGUUUGGCGAAAGGAUUGAGAGGCCGUGGUGUGAAGCUGCGGGACCUAAGACUGCUCACGGUGAAGGAGCGCGAGAAGCUCCUCAAGGAGCACCUGGGCCAUCCCUCUGGGGAGUUGCCUGCUUCGUCAGAGGGCAAUGGCAAAAGGGAACCUCCGACCGUGCCGCUGGCCUCGGCAUGUCCCACGGACCUGGACACCUUCAUCCAGUGGCUGUGCGAACAGCUCUGGCUUGCUCGAAUCCAGCGCCUGAGCACGCCUGAGAGGCGUAUAGGACGGAAGCGACCUCAGCAGGCCGGCAGGCCUCAGAAAACCCUCUCGGCGCGGGUGGGCGGAGGCUUCAUCUACGAAACCUUCCAGGCGCCAGCCGACUUCGAGGAGGAGCCUCAUAGCCCAGCGGCAGCGAGCGGACCCUCGAGAAGGCGCACGCCAACUCCGCAGGUCCGGAAUUGGGAGUGCGACAGAACCAUCUCCGCUCGUGUCGGCGGAGGCUUCAUCUACAAGACGUUCCAGGAGGGCGAUUGCCACAACGGCAAAGACGAUGGUGACCUCAAGAGGUUCGAUGAGCGGACGCUCUGCACGGCAAUCAGUCGCGCCCCUACGCGGCAGUGGGAGCUUGUGCUUGAGUCGCUGGUCACGUUGGGCAAGCCGAGCGACUGUCGGCUGACCGUGUUCUCGUACACCGCUGGGAUGGGCCAUUUCCAGAAGAGCGGGCACUGGCUGCUGGCCGUCGAGCUCAUGUCCCUGAUGGCUUGGGCCCGGGUCGUGGCCAAUGAGCUGAGUCUAAACACAGGCAUCAGCGCCUUCGGCAGCGCUGUGCUAUGGCAUCAUGCUCUCCAUCUCCUCGCUUGUUUCCCUGCAGCCAAACUACGAUCCGAUGUGAUCUCCUUCAAUGCCACCACUACUGCAUGCGAGAAGGGGACCGAAUGGAGCAGGUCCUUCGACCUUCAAUCAUAUCUCCGGGGCCAUCCUGUCCGACCCGAUGUGAUCAGCUUCAAUGCCACCAUCGCUGCGGCUGCAAAACCUGGUCUAUGGAGGUCAGGUCUACAACUCCUCUCUAAGAUGACAAGACAACGGACACCUCCUAGCAUCGUCACUGUCAAUUCCGUCCUCAGUGCCGGGCACGGAGGAAAAGAGUGGGGAGCUGUCCUCUGGCUGCUGUCAACCAUGCCCGCCAGGAGAAUGGCGAUUGACCGCAUCGGCCUCAAUGCAGCCCUCAGUGCCUGCGCAGCCUGUGCGAAGUGGCAGAUUGCUCUUCACCUUCUGUCAGGCGGGUGUUGGACAACUGCCCUCCAUCUCUUCGCGGACAUGCCUUUCCUGACAUCGACGCCAGAUGCUUCGGCCUACACCACGGCCAUCUCGGCGUCGGAGGUUGGAGGCAUGUGGACAAUGGCAGUUCAGCUUUUGGCAGAGAUGGUUGGAUGCAGCUUAGUCCCGGAUACCGCUGCCUGCAGUGCCAGUAUCAGUGCCUGUGAGCAAGGGGGCCAGUGGCAGGCAGCUCUCCACCUCCUCAGUGGCAUGCCGGCCCUGACGGCUCAGCCCAAUGUGAUCAGCUACAGUGCGACCAUCAGCGCCUGUGCCAAAGGCAGGCAUUGGACGCUAGCUCUGGCCCUCCUCUCCGAGAUGGAGAAGCGUGCUGUUCGGGCUAACGACGUCAGCUACAAUGCCGCCAUCAGUGCUGUAGACAAGACUCCUCACUGGCAAGUGGCUCUUGAACUCCUCUCGGCCAUGCCGAAGUCUGAGGCCAGGCCCAAUGUGAUUAGUUUCACAGCGGCCCUGGGUGCCUGCUCUGCUGCCAGCUGCUGGGAUGUGGCUUUACACCUGCUGGCGCAGAUGCAGUCUCAGCACGUCGAGCCCAACGCCUUAACGGUGCAUGCAGCCAUCGCUGCUUGCGAUGCCGUGUGCCGGUGGCAAGUGGCGCUGGAGCUGCUUGCAGGCAUAAGCCCGUCGACGAUGGGCUCGGGGCGCUUUGCCGCGAGCUGCGCGGUGGCUGCGGCCGAGCGAGCCCAGAAGGCUUGCGAGUGCGACCGUUUGUUCUUCUUUGAGCUCCUCGCAUGCAACAUGGACCUGCACGCGGAUACAUUGGUAUCCUGGAGCAAGGGCAUGGGCCUGAUUUGUCGACUCCUGCUGCCGAGCGUCGGGGCCACGAGCUCUACGACUCUACGGCAUCGCUUCUUGGUGUUGCGAGCUGUCGAAGACCGCUUCCGAUGCUUGGACACCAGAAAGAUGAACAUGAUGCUGGUGCAAGCGCUGAGCAACUGGAGGAUGGACUUGGAUGCUCUGUUGUGUCUUCCACAAGAGGAGUUCAAAAGGGUUGCAGAGCUGCUUUGCGUGAAUAUGCAUGGACUGACGAAGGAAGAUGUCGUCGAGAAGCUCAAGAAGCGAGUGUGGGCAAAUCGCACAAAGUUUGCGAAAAUCAAAGGCCUCUCGAAGCUCGCCUUCGAGCCCAAAUCCCAGGUCCUCGCAGAGCUCCGGAAAGCGCUUCGAGAGGCGGAGGAGCAGUUGCAGAGACCAGUUACAGCCUUCCAGCUUUCUGGAUGGUUAGCGCAAUACCAGCUGGAGUACUAUCAGCUUCAGAUCAACAACUUGAGUCUCCUUACUGUCAAGGAGCUGCGGCACCUCGGGGACUGGAUGGGCAUGCCACCCAAGAAGUCCCGUGCCGAGAUUCUCGAAUGGUUCCAGCAGGACCUUUGGUCGGAGCGCGCCGUGCGCCGCACUCCGAGCAAGGCAAAGACACAGUUCCUCCGCGAGCUGAGCACAGCCCGGCGACGCAGCGUCGACGAAGAGAGCGCAGAAGAAGCGGAAGAGAAUCAAGACGACGAGGCAGGCGCUGCUACACCAACUCUGAGCGCAAUCCUUCUUGACGACCCAGAUUUCAGAAUGGAAUACGACAUGUUCGUGCCGGUGGAUACUUAG